AUUAAACACUUCUAUUAUAAUUUCUUAAAACACAGUUCUAAACCCAAAUUUCCUACACCCGCCACUGCUGAAUGUGAAACAAUUAAAAACAAAAACAUCUUUAUGAAUUAUUCAUUACGCAUUUGACAGUGGUUUUGGUUUGAUCAGAUUUGAUUGACAGUGGCCUGGUUGACAACAAACAAGCAAACAAACAAACUGUCAUCAGAUGGGAUUCAGAUGUUAGUAAAAUCAAAUGACAUCUCCUUUUCCCAACUGAGUCUUUCCUACUUCUAACCACUGAGAAGAGCACAGACAAAACCUAAUAUAGAGAAAAUCUCUUGUGCGAAAUGAAUAAAAUCUGUUCUAACUUUGGCAUAGAGCGUCUUUAUGUACAACACCAGAAUGAGUGAAAACCAUGUGCAGAUAUUUACAGGUAUUGUUUUAAGUUUAAAACAUCAACUACCAUCCACAGCACUGACCAGUGGCUUUAGUAGUCGACUACUUGACCAUUUGAUAGAUUAAUGUUUGAUUAUUUAGUUUGUUUGUUUCCAAUGUCAAGAAUGAGAUUUGUGCUGAAAUGGUUUGUAUGCUAUAUCCUAUUAUAUUUGAAUAUUGACUUGUAGAGUUGUCCUCAAACAAACUCAAAUAAACUGCAGAUGAAGCCAAAAGGCUUCAAUGUCUUACAUGCUUUCUUGUCUGGAUAGCUGCGUAGAGCACAGCAGCACACCUCUCUAACCAUUUCAUCAAACCAGGGAAUCUUCGCUCUCGUUGACAGCGAGUCCUUCACCUUGUUUUCACCUGGUCUUAAGAACCCGUAGGACAUCGUUCAGCUCUCUCUCUCUCUCCUGCUGUGCUGUAUCUUUGGCUGUCCUUGCCUGAAUCAAUGCAGGUCUUUGUUCAACUAUUUAUACAGCACAUUUCUAGUCCUCUGACCACUCAUAACACUGUUUCAUCACUCAACCAUUCACACACAUUUAUACACUGACGGCAAAGGCUGCCAGGCAAGGCUCCAGCUGACCAUCAGGAACCCUAUAUGGAAAGCUAAGUCAUCGUUAUCAUCUUCACGAGUACCCUUUUCAACCCCUCCUCCUCCUCUAGGAGUCAUCAGGACAGCUCUAGCCAACAUGGACCGCGAGGUGAAAGGGGAGUACCAGGUUCUUCUCCAGGCCAAGGACAUGGGAGGUCAGCUGGGGGGGCUGGCCUCCACCACCACCAUCAGCAUCACCCUCAGCGACGUCAACCCACCGCGUUUCGCUAAGAGUAUUUUCCAUCUGCGGGUUCCAGAGUCGGCGUCAGUCGGCUCAGCAGUAGGUCAGAUUCGAGCAUUCGAUCUGGAUGCUGGCAGCAAUGCAGACGUGGAGUAUGCCAUUGUUCCAGUAGAUGAGGGCAACAUGUUUGAGAUCAUCUCUAAUAGCCAAAGUCAAGAAGGAGUUGUAGUCUUGAAAAAGGUACAUUAACACGUCAUCGGCUGCACUUUAGCUGUUUUUGUCACAAAGACAAAUACUGUACUGCACCAACUUGAUAUGCAUAAUGAUUACCGUAUGUGUGUGAUGUCUGGCAGCGUGGCAGGUAUGAACUAAUUGAGGUUCAUGCCAGCCAACAUGGGCUGUCUGUAAAUACGGCAUACCAUAGAACAGCAUAACUAAUUCCAUCAGGCCCUCUUGCUACUUCACAGUCGACAGUGGCAUGUGACUGGUUCUUGUGAGUUUGUUCUUGUCAUUGUGUUAAUUACAUUGAUUUUGACUACAUGCAUUGUCCGUUAAUGACGAAGCAUCCCGUCAUGCUGCCUCAUAGUGAUAUACUUGCAUCCUUUGUAGUUUUGCGCGUAUUCAUGUAUCUGCAAUCUGCAGUUAGUAUAUUUGUAGGUGUUGAGCUUCAUGUAACAU